AUGGAGGAAGCUAGUCUGUGCCUUGGUGUUUCUUCAGCGGGACCAGAAGCCGAGGCCCACCUCAACAGCUCCCUGCUCAAUGGCCAGUAUUCCAUGAGUCAGAAGUUGCACCAGAUCACCUCCCAGCUCAGUCAUGCCUUCCCUGAACUUCAGACCAGACAGAACCCUGAGGACAAGGCGGUGGCACUUCUAGAAGACAAGAGCCACGUUUCCUUAGCCAACCAGCCUAUCAGCAGUCAGAUGGCCCUUUUGGCCAAUCAACUCAACCGGGAGGUUGAUACCAGUUUAAACGGGAGGGUAGAUCUACAGCAGUUUUUAAAUGGACAAAACCUAGGCAUCAUGUCUCAGAUGAGUGACAUAGAGGACGAUGCUAGAAAGAACAGGAAAUACCCAUGUCCCCUGUGUGGGAAGCGCUUCCGGUUCAACAGCAUCCUGUCACUACACAUGCGCACCCAUACUGGGGAGAAACCAUUUAAGUGCCCCUAUUGUGACCACAGAGCAGCUCAGAAGGGAAACUUGAAGAUACACCUGCGUACUCACAAGCUUGGAAACCUGGGCAAAGGCCGUGGGCGGGUCCGAGAAGAAAACCGGCUUCUGCAUGAGUUGGAAGAACGGGCCAUCCUGAGGGACAAGCAGAUGAAAAGCAGUCUUCUGCAACCCAGGCCUGAUGUCAAAGCCCACCCUCAUGCUCAGCCUGUCCCUCUGGCUAAUUGCAACGUACCCAUGUCCACAAACCACAACACCCCUGAUGUUUCUAACCCUGUUCCCUCUCCAAAACCUGCCAGCAUCCAGGAAGAAGUGGUUGUCACGGCUGCUGGGUUUAGAUGUACUUUUUGCAAAGGGAAGUUCAAGAAGCGGGAAGAGCUGGACCGGCACAUCCGGAUCCUCCACAAGCCUUACAAGUGUACAUUGUGUGACUUUGCAGCAUCCCAGGAGGAGGAGCUGAUCAGCCACGUGGAAAAAGCUCACAUCACUGCCGAGUCUGCUCAGGGCCAGGGUUCCAAUGGAAACGGGGAGCAGGCGGCCAACGAAUUCCGGUGUGAAGUGUGCGGCCAGGUCUUCAGCCAAGCCUGGUUCCUGAAAGGCCACAUGAGGAAGCACAAGGACUCCUUUGAGCACUGUUGCCAAAUCUGUGGGAGGCGCUUCAAGGAGCCAUGGUUCCUCAAGAACCACAUGAAAGUCCACCUGAAUAAGUUGUCGGUGAAGAACAAAUCCCCCGGUGACUCAGAAGUCCCUGUGCCUGUGGGAAGCAUGUCCCAGGAAGCUCACGCCAACUUGUACUCCAGAUACUUGUCCUGUUUGCAGAGUGGUUUCCUGCCCCCAGACAAAGCUGGCCUCGGUGAGCAGAACCACGCCUAUAGUAAAGGGGAUUUGCCCAUGAAAGAGCGCGAAGUCCUGGGCAAACUCCUGUCUCCUAUUGCUAGCAUCGGACAUAGUCUUGCUGAAGGGGACAAACAUUCCUUAUUGGGUUGUCUAAACCUUGUGCCUCCACUCAAAUCGAGCUGCAUAGAAAGGCUGCAGGCUGCUGCCAAAGCUGCUGAGAUGGACCCUGUAAACAGCUACCAAGCUUGGCAGCUCAUGGCAAGGGGAAUGGCCAUGGAGCAUGGUUUCCUGUCGAAAGAGCACCAGAUUCAGCGGAGCCACGAAGACCCUUUGGCAAACGCUGGAGUUCUGUUUGAUAAGGAGAAGCGGGAGUAUGUGUUAGUAGGAGCAGAUGGUUCCAAGCAGAAAAUGCCUGCUGAUUUGCUUCACAGCACUAAAAUGGGCAAUCAGAGAGACUUGUCAAAAAAACUGGACCCUUUGGAAGGGAGCAGAGAUUUCCUGUCUCACGGUAUGAAUCCGGGGCUCGAGUACAACAUGCAGAGUCACGGCGGGACAAAAGAGAAGCCCACCGAGUGUCCCGACUGCGGGCGAGUUUUCAGAACCUACCACCAAGUGGUGGUUCAUUCCAGAGUCCACAAGAGGGACAGGAAAGUCGAAGAUGAGAUCCUCCAGGGGAACAUCGAUGAGCGCCGUGGGUCUGGAAGCGACCAGGAAUCCCAGUCAGUCAGCCGAUCAACCACACCCGGCUCCUCCAACAUUACUGAGGAAAGUGGGAUGGGCGGAGGCCUCUCGCAGACAGGAAGUGCUCAGGAAGACAGUCCCCAUCCAUCUUCUCCUUCUUCCUCAG